AUGCUUCGAGCUGGAGCGACUCGUUGUUUCACAGCGGCAAACACAGCUCUUCGCUGCUUCUCCAGUGGAAAAGACAAUCUACCAGUCACCAGAUCGCACGACGCUAAAAAGAUUGAGCUCAACGAUAUACUCGAAAAACCAUCUAUGAAGACUCCUGUGAAAGUAGCCUCCGAUGAGACGAUGGAUAUUGGAGGAGUUCCUCUUGAACAUCAAGAUGCUCGUACAGCAAGAAUCUUCCGUCCUGCUAGAGAAACACCACAAAGUGCUUGGGGUAACACCAAAUCAUGGACGAUUGAGCUCGACAACCGUCAAAGAUGGGAGAACCCAUUGAUGGGAUGGUCCGGAACUGCUGACCCACUUUCCAACGUGGGGAUGGACCUCAAAUUUGCAACGAAAGAAGAUGCUAUUGCUUUCUGCGAAAAAAAUCGUUGGGAGUUUGACAUUGAGGAGCCUCAUGAGCGCAAAAUCAAACCGAAGAAUUAUGGACAGAACUUUUCGUGGAACAGAAAAACUAGAAUCGGCACCAAGUAA